AAUGAAUAAAUCAUUAGCUGCUAGAGAAAUUGAAGAAAAUAUUAGAAUGUCGGCUGAUAAUUUGGGAGUAAAAUUGAAUAAACCAGCCUUUAAAUGUUCGAUUUGCGAUAAAAGUUGGUUGAAAAAUGAUCCUAGAUUUUUACCUUGUUCUCAUGUUUUUUGUUCGAAAUGCUUGGAGAAAUUUCAAGGUUGUAAACAGUUAAAUUGUCCAAAGUGUUCUUCGGUAUUUAGUCUACCCGGCAAUGGAAUUUUAUCUUUACCAAAAUUUACAAUGUUCCAAGAGAUUUCUGACAAUUAUGAAGAUAUAUUUAAGUCUACGGAAGUUGAUCAAAUGAACGAAGUCGACGAAGAUGAUGAAGAGGAAGAAUAUUUUGGAAUGGAGGAUAGAAAAAGUUUAAUAAAAGAUGAAAAAUAUCGAAUUAUGAAUCUUCUGAAAGAAAGCAAGAGAGAAGAAUCAGAAUUAUUAAAAAAUCUGAAUGAUUUUUUUGAAAAUGUCCGUAAAGAGGUGGAAAGACAAUCGGAAAUUACAAAGUAUAAUCUUAUGUCUGCUUUUAAAGAUAAAAGACGCUUAAUUAGGAAUUCUAUGAAAGCUUUUGAUAUUUUUACCUCAGUCAGCUCCUUUAAAGAAGAAAGCGAUAAUAUUUUAAAAAGUUGUCAAAGAUUGAGGAGAAAAGCUUUAGAUACAGAAGUCAUUUUGAAAUUAAAAGAACAAAGCGAGGAUAUGACAACUGUUCACGUUUUAACUCAACCAUCUUUGUCCAAAUUUACAAUGACGAAAUUUAUUGAAUUAGAUGAAAAUAUUACUAAAGUUAUUGAUUGUUGCGUUCAUAAGGAGGAGCUCUAUUGUCUUUGUUCCAAGAACGACAAUUGCAUCUUAACAUGGUUCAAUUUGGAUGGAAAAUUUAUCAAAGAAUUAUUAGUAGUUAAUAAUCAAAUAAAUAAUCUAUCAGCUAUAUCAUUAACAAUUGAUCUUUCAGAAUCAAUUGUAUUCUUUGUUUGCCAAUCAAGGGAGUCGAUAUAUAGCUAUCCACUUUAUAGGAAAGAUGUUACGUUAACGAAAUUCUUAAACGUUAUUAACGUUCGAGCGAUAUGUUCCGUUUUGAAAGGAUUAUUAGUCGCCGAAGGAAGAGACAAUUAUUCGAUAUCAAUGUAUCAAACUAAUAAACUAAGACUUUGGACAAUAAAAGAGGAAUCCUCUAUAAAUUUAAUAUCUAGAGCAGAAACUGAAGAUCAUUUUUAUAUCGUUACGGAAGCUAAUCAACUGACUAAAAGAAAUUUAAAAUACGGCAACAGACUCACCUCCCAAUUAUUAGCAAUUGAUGAUAAAUGCGAAAAAAUGAUUCAAUAUCAUACGGGUUUAGCCUUAACAAAUUCAAAAAAUAAAUCAAUUAUCGCCGUAAAUCAAGAUGGAAAAAUAGAUGAAAAUUACUUAAAAUUGGAAUAUACUCCAACAUCGAUUGCAUUAUCUUCUAAAUUAUUUACAGAUUAUCUUUACGUCUUCGCAACAAAUGGCGAAAAGAAUCACUUGUUAAUCUUUUUGGGAAAUUAA